GCGGCGCGCGCGGGGCGUGGAGGAGCAGCGCUGUCGGAACGAGCUGAAUGAGACGCGCAGCUCCGACGCGACACUCCUGUGUGUGAGCGCCUGCUGGAUCGUGUCUUAUCUGCGGUCAGCGCGUCAUCUGUGCCGCGUUAAACACCGCCAGCGACGCUCGAGCUUCUCAUGUGAGUUACCCAUCAUGCUGCUUUAUGAUCGGUGCAUGUGACGGAGGACAUCAGAGCUGUGCACCUGCAUCAUCAUCAUCAUCAUCAUCAUCAUCAUCGCUAGCCGGAUUACUGGGCAGAUAUCGCAGCUUAAACCACGGAUUGUGAAGCAUUUAGAAAUUCUGACGUUGACGCGAUAUUUGAGCAGUUUUACAAAUAUUCUAAAUAAAAACUAGCGUCUUUAUACACUUUGAAUUGUUAUUAUGAAACCUUCUUCGAUUAGUUUAGCAUUGGUUAGCAUUUAGAGGCCAAUCUCUUAAAGUGACAUUUGUCCACGCUAUGGAGUGUCAGUGCUGCUCUCCUGAGGUUCGAUCUCAAACCUGCGACUGAUUCAGACCAUGGAGCCCAAAGCCGAGUGCUGCGCCUCAUCCGUGCCCAACUCUCAGUGUGAGCUCCAGCUCCACAUCUACGAGACCAUCAGUGAGGGGAACGUGAACAAGCUGGAGAGCUCCGCGCUGGUGCGUGCCGGCAGCGACCCCAGCUCCUAUCCCUCCUCCAAACGCCAGAGGUUCAUCCGCAGGAGCCUGUGGUUCACCGAUCAUGACGAGCCCCAGGCCAGCGACUGCCCCCUGGAGUGUGAGGAGCUCAGCGUCCCCCGGAGGACUCUGGCGGUCCGCUCCGGUUUACAGGAGGAACGGAGCGCGGAGAGCCAGACGGAUCAGAGAGAGCUGGAGAGCAGCGGCGCACAGCUCCGAGCGGACGGCCUGAACACUCACAUGAAGACGGCCAGCGAGGAGAACGAGGAGGAGGCUGAGAUGAAGGCCGUGGCCACCUCUCCCAGCGGACGCUUCCUCAAGUUUGACAUCGAGAUCGGCCGCGGCUCCUUCAAGACGGUCUACAAGGGCCUGGACACGGACACCUGGGUGGAGGUGGCCUGGUGUGAACUUCAGGACCGCAAGCUGACGAAGGUGGAGAGGCAACGCUUUAAAGAGGAGGCUGAGAUGUUGAAGGGUCUCCAGCAUCCAAACAUCGUGCGCUUCUAUGACUUCUGGGAGUCUCCGCUGAAGGGGAAGAAGUGCAUUGUGCUGGUGACGGAGCUCAUGACGUCAGGCACGCUCAAAACGUAUCUGAAGCGCUUCAAGGUGAUGAAACCCAAGGUGUUGCGCAGCUGGUGUCGUCAGAUCCUCAAAGGCCUGCACUUCCUGCACACACGCACUCCUCCCAUCAUCCACCGGGACCUGAAGUGUGACAACAUCUUCAUCACGGGGCCCACGGGCAGUGUGAAGAUCGGGGACCUGGGUCUGGCCACGCUCAAGAGAGCCUCCUUCGCCAAGAGUGUGAUCGGUACGCCGGAGUUCAUGGCUCCAGAGAUGUACGAGGAGCACUACGAUGAGUCUGUGGACGUCUAUGCGUUUGGCAUGUGCAUGCUGGAGAUGGCCACGUCUGAAUAUCCAUAUUCAGAGUGCCAGAACGCCGCUCAGAUCUAUCGCAAGGUCACCAGCGGGGUGAAGCCUGCCAGUUAUAACAAAGUGAUGGAUCCCGAGGUCAAAGAGAUCAUUGGCGAGUGUAUUUGUCAGAAAAAAGAGGAUCGUUACUCCAUCAAGGACCUGCUGAAUCACGCCUUCUUCGCGGAGGACACCGGUGUGAGGGUGGAGCUGGCGGAGGAGGACGACGGCUUGAAGACGUGCAUCGCGCUCAAGCUGUGGGUGGAGGACCCCCGCCGGCUGAAGGGCAAGUACAGGGACGCAGGAGCCAUCGAGUUCAGCUUCGACCUGGAGAAGGAGGUCCCUGAGGCCGUGGCACAGGAGAUGGUGGAGUCUGGUUUCUUCCAUGAGAGCGAUGCAAAGAUAGUGGGCAAGUCUCUCCGUGACCGAGUGGCUCUGAUCAAGUGGCGCAGGGAGAGGACGGUGCCGAGGGCCUCACAGGGUGUGCCGGGCGAUUUGGGGCCCGUCCUCUGUGAGCCGCCCGUUCUGCCGGAGCCAGAAGAGCCGGAGGUGGAUCAGCAUGUUCUGGUGUGUCCGCUCAGUGCCAGGACCACAUCCACCACCUCUGACAGUGGCAUCGGUUCAACCGUGUACUCGGACUCCUACAGCAGCGGUCUGCACAGUGUCAUAUACCAGCCUUUACAGGAGUCUGUCUUCACAGCGGCGCAGGAGGGUGCACAUCAUGAAAGCUCUUCUGUAAAUGAGUUAAUCCGUGUCCUGCUCCGACCCACAAGUCCUGCCUCCAUUCAAAUACCACGAGACCAAUCAGAGAGGACAGAAGAUGGAUUGGGAAGUUCUCACUCUGGAAAUCUGCUGCGUGCUCCUUCAGUUGUAACGACUCGCCGCUAUAGCGACACAUCAGUGGGGCCGUCCUCUGAGACAAAGGGGGAGGAGUCUGUCUCCACGGCAAGGCAGGGGCGUCGGCUUUCUUUAAACCCUGCCUCUCACCAGCCACCGUCCCCGUGUCAGGCCUGCUUAUCCUUAUUUCUGCUUGGGACAUGUGCAGAUAGAAGACAUUCGCCCUAUUCUUUAUUUCCUCUUCCUCGCGUCCCUGAUGUCCGCAGAGGCUCCUUCAGUGAGACCUCUGACCUCUCCCAGCUUAACAAAUCUCUGGAGAGCAUCACGGGCCACAGACAUCAGCCCGAGGGAGGGCAGUACCGGCCUGUCCGCAGCUACAGCGAUGAGGGGCAGACCCUGGAGCCUCACGAAGCACUGACCUCCCGUCGCAGAGCCAGUUACUGUGCUGGCGAGCGCUCUCUGGCUGAAGCGUCUUCUGUUCUGAGAGUCCACAGCCAGGUCGCAGCUGCUGCAGCUCAACACAUGCAGCCGUUCCCUUCUGUCUCCUCAGAGACCCCCGCGCUGGCCGCCGGACAGAAUCUGUCUGGUCCCCUGCCGCUGGUGCUUCUGCAGGGUGUCUCGACCGCACCGCAAACCAUGAAUCCACAGCAGCUGGCACCUACAGGUCAGACUGCAGAGCUGAACACACAGGCCUACAUGCUCCAAACUGCAGCAUCACAUCAGCCAGUCUCUGUGCCGCAGAGUGGCAUGGGUCCGAGUUACCAUCCUGCCGGGGCAGAGCUAGCAAAUGCACAGACCUUUCCACCCAUGCAGCUCACUGCGGUCGCAGCUGCACACAGUCUCCCAUCUAAAACAGAAGCAGCGCUGCCUGCAGAUCAGAGUUUUCAGAGCGGAGCCUCCAGCAUGCAGCAUAUCGUGCCAGCAUCUGCACAGACUCGACAAACACCUGUGUUACAACAUCUGCAGCAACUCACUGCCACUGCCACAACAGAUGGGCAACUCCGAGACAUCUCAAACAUGCAGCAAACUGCUCCUGUGCAGCUGAGCCACACAGGACCGGCACCACCUGUCCCACAGUUUCCUUCCAUUAACUCAGCUCUUCCUCUUCCUGGAUGUGAGCCGUACCCCGCCUGCCUUCCCUCUGUGCAGUCCUCCCUCAGUCUGCCUGUCCCGACACAGCCCGACAUCUCCCCAGUGUCAUGCUCACAGAUGGAGAUCUCUGCACUAACCCAGUACCCCCACCUGUCCUCCAGCUCUCCUAUACCCACACAAUGUCCUGCUCCACCCUGUGCUGCUCCAGUGUUCACGCCUCCAGUUCCCACGAUUCACCAGUACCAGCAGCCCGCCAUAAACACUAUGGCCACUCUCUCCCAACAUUCCCACAGUCAGGCCACGCCCACAGUGCACCAAAGUCUCCACCCCUCUCCAAACCCCGCCUCUAUGUGUGUCGGAGUCCCUCCCACUACACAAGCUCCGCCCACUCAGGGAGUCUUGACCAGUCAUUCCCAGACGGUCCACGUGGACCAGAACUCGUCCAGUAGCUCCGAUCACGUCAGUGUUUCUCAGAUGAUGACGCACCUGACGAGCUCCAGUGUCCCGCAGUCAGGAGCCGGCCCCAGCCUGAGCAGUGUGACCCCAGCGCUGCAGCACGGCACCAGCGGAUCUGGAGCAGCUCCCACUGAAGUCUGCUCCGAGGCUCAUGUUCCUGAUAAACAGACAGCAGCAGUUGGGUCCACGUAUGACAGUAUAAACUCCGAUGCCACGUCCGGUAAAGAGAUGAGCGAUGGGAACGAGGGCUCCGGCAGAGCUCGCAGUGAGUCACGAGUGAGAAAACCCAACCGCAAAACGUCCCGCACGCGCUCCCGCCAAGACAAGAUCAACAGACCCAAACUCACCAUGAUCAAAGUGUGUAACACCGGAGACAAGAUGGUGGAGUGUCAGCUGGAGACCCAUAACCAUAAGAUGGUGACGUUUAAGUUUGACCUGGAUGGAGAUGCUCCAGAGGAGAUUGCCACAUAUAUGGUUGAGAAUGAGUUUAUUCUGUUGCUGGAGAGGGAGAUGUUCAUCGAGCAGCUGAAAGAGAUCAUGGAUAAAGCGGAGGAAAUUCUGAACGAGGACGCUGAGGGUGAGAAGGCCUCCGUCCAGACCUCCCUGCUCCGUCAGACGCCGGUCACAGCAGACUCCGGCCCGCAGGGGUCAAAACUGGAGCACACACAGUCUGACCAGCUCAUCUAUAAACAGAACGUGCUUCACACCGGAAAGCGCUGGUUCAUCAUCUGUCCUGUGGCGGAGAUGGCCGCGCCAGAUGGAGAAGAGGCCACCACAAACCCAGAGAGCUCCUCUACAUCUCAAACGCAGGAUGUGAACACAGCCAGAGCAAAACCUCUGCAGAAACGGCCAUCGAUGUCACAGGCGUCCCUCUCUGAGGCUGCUCUGUCGGCCGAGGGCCCUCAGACUGCCUGCUCGGCUGUGGUUCCUGAUAUCCCAUGCUGCCCCAUUGUGCCUCCAGUUUCACUGGACGUCUCUGCUCAGGAAGUGGCAGAGGUCCCUCAGCAGCAAGUCACUUACGACAGAAGCCCCGGUGUGGAGCCGCCCAUCAGCCCUACCCAGACCCCACCCGUGGUGCUGCUUCAGCCCUUUGCCACGCCCACUCCACAGGCUUCGGUCAGCAGCAGCCAACCACAGCCUCAGAGCCCCACCCAUCAGCCUCAGAGCUCCACCCAUCAGCCUCAGAGCCCCACCCAUCAGCCUCAGAGCUCCACCCAUCAGCCCCAGAGCCCCACCCAUCAGCCCCAGAAUGCACCAUCCCUGCAGCCAGGCGAAUCGGAUGGGGAAGGGCCGCCCAGACUGGAGUUUGCAGACAGAACGAUAAAGACUCUGGAUGAGAAACUGAGAAAUCUUUUGUACCAAGAAUACCACCCUUCGCAAACCACGAGCUCCGCCUCUGAGCCGCCAGGAUCACCGCCGCUGUCCGACAGCCAGGGCAGCGAUGGUGCUGCGAGGAAAGCAGAAAAACUGCCGCAGAUUCCAGAGAGAUCUGACAGUCUCGGGACCUUGAGUGAUUCUGCUGUCACCCCCUUCAAAAGACUUCUGACCAGAAAAGACUCUUCUGCUACACACACACCCAAGAGCCACUGCCAGAUUGAGCCGACAGAUUCAGAUGUUUCUUCUCACGAUGGAGGAGAUCAUGUGAUUGAUCUUGAAUCUGCAGCUCUUCCUGUAAUCGAGAACGGACACAGAUCCACAUCAAAGUCACGAAACAACCGUUACUCAGCACCUCCGGACUUAUAUCAGGACACAACUACUUCGUUUCCAGAGGCCAGACCCACACUGCCUUGCGCUCAGAGCUCUCUGUCAGCGGACGGGAUGGUGCAGUGCUUGUCCUCAGACUCCGGAGAGGAGGAUCAGAGCGAGACACCGUCCACUAAGCCCUCGUCUCUGGCUCCUGCCCCGUCCGAGUCAGGCGGCAGGGACUUCAUGAAGCGGGCAGUGGCGUUCCUCCGGCGCUCGGGCCACAGCAGCAGUGUCCAAAGCUCCGACUCACCCCCGUGUCCUCUGGUGAAUGGACACGCCCACUCUGUUAGUGGCCACGCCCACUCCGCUUACAUCAGCAGUGAUAACGACUCUGAGUUUGAGGACGCUGAUAUGAAACGAGAACUACAGAAGCUGAGAGAGAAGCACAUGAAGGAGAUCUCCGAGCUCCAGGCUCAUCAGAGAGGAGAGAUCGAGCAGUUGUACUCUCGGUUGGGUCGGCCGGUUCCUCCCAGCAUGGGCUUCUUGCAUGCGGUGCCACCUACAGGCCGUCGCCGCAGAGCCUCCAAACACAAGCUGAAGGGAAGCCGACUGCUCAAUCCCAUGGUGCAACAUCUUAGGAACAACCGAAGCAACAGCUCUACGGAGACGUGCUCCAGUGUGUCAGGGUCUCCGGUCAAGAGCUCGGUUCUGGGUAACAGCUCAGUGGGAUCCAGCACAGCCACGCUGAGCCCCGUGUCAGAACCACUGGAGCUGGUCCAGACUCAGCAGCCCUGCUCGCUCAAGGGCUCUCUGUCCUCUGACAACAUCUACGGGCCCACCACACACACACCACCUCGACAAGGCUGGACCGUUUACCACCAAACAUCUGAGCGAAUCACCUAUAAAUCUAGUAGCAAACCACGCGCUAGAUUCCUCAGUGGACCCGUGUCUAUGUCCAUCUGGUCCACUCUGAAACGGCUAUGUCUAGGGAAAGAGCACAGCAGUAGUUCUCACAGUACUGGUGCUGCCCAUGUGACUUCAGCAUCCAAUCAGAACCUGCCUCCCACAGCCAUACCUGCUGCAUCCUCUCGGCCAAUCACAGUGCUUGUUCAGGCUCAAGCUAACAACAGCAACAACAAAAGCGGUACCUUCACCGAUGACCUACACAAGCUGGUUGAUGAUUGGGCAAAAGAAACUCUUGCCUCCGGCCCCCAGCUCCGCCCCUCCGUGUGUCAGAGUAGACCGCAGAGAUUUUAUCAGUCCUUCCAGACCAACCCCACUCCAAUGGCCAGAAUCCCCAAUCAGAUAAGGGGCUCAAUCCCUCAGGCAGCUGUGAAGUUCCAUCUCCCACUGUCCUGUCCGCUGUCAGCAGCUCUAGGUCCCAUCAUGCCUCAUGGCAUCACCAGCACCCCAUCACCCAUCCUCCAGCGGGCCGGAUACUUGAUACCCACCGCCCCCUUUGCUGGGAUGAUGCCAGCCCCCGUGUAUCCAAACCAGUGGUCCGGUUUGCCCAGUCCAGUGGGCAUGUUUGCUACGGCUGGUAUGGUCCCAUAUCCGGCCAUGGCCAGCCCAGCGCUGCACACUUUCCCUCUGGUGGUGAAGAGUCCAGACACACCGAUGUGCCCCAGCAAAACCAGGACUGCAUAAGAGAGCCGCCCUGCACUCCGAACACCAGAACAGACACUUGCAGAAGGAUAAUCAUGCAAGCUAAACACAGCUGAUUACAGACAUGAAGGAAGCAUUUUCUCCUGUACGAAUGAAUCGCCCACUAGUUUGCAGAGAAGUGGGAGUUUCUGCAAUACUCUAGAAUAUGUUUUUAACUCUGCUUCUGGGUCAAACCACAAUCUGUGAAAUGUCUGUGUGCUUUAGAUUGCUAUUAGAUUAUGGACACAUCUGUGCAAAGCAUUUGAGCCUGUAAAUAUGAGGUGUGUGUAUGUGAAUUUGGGCAUGAGAAGUGUGUUUGUGUCAAAACAGUCCUGUGGGCACUGCUUUUUUUUCUUUUUUUUGAAGACCUUUUAGUUCUUAUGUUUGAAUCUGUAUUGAGUUGUGUUAGUUAAAGGGUUUGGCUGAGAGUACUGUAGGACCAUGGCCUUCAAUUCUACUUCCAUAAAGUAUCAUUUUAUAAUAAUUUAGACAUAUUUCACAAACCAUGAGCAGAAUACAUGUAGUCAUUCUCACAACGAUCUGAGAAUUGAAAUUCAUGCUUCUUGUGUUUAGAGGCCAAAUGCUCAAAGUUGUCCUGAUUGAUUAUAGAAAUAUCAGUCCUACUCCUCUGUUUAGAAUAUUUUUCAUCAGAAUAUUUACUGUUUACAGAAAUAUCCAGCAUUUUUAAACAAUUUCAGACCACAGGACAAAAUCCCAACAUGAAAAUGAAUAAUUGAGGAGGAUGUAGUGCCUUGUUCAGUGUUCCCUCUAAAGGAAUGAAUCACUUGUGAGGAGCGUUCCUCUGUGGUUCAGCAUGGUUUUCCUUCUCUUCCUAAUGCAAUAGUUCUUUCUUUUUUUCAGUCAUGUGGUGGUUUACAUAUUUACUGCCCCCUAUGUUGAAGUGAGUUUGCAAUCAAUACAUUGAACAUGAUAAAGGUUUAAAUAGGAGCUAGUCUGUGCAGAUUGAUAAAUGAGUGCAGUCCCAGCUGUUGAUGCGUGGGUUUCUGAUUGUUGUACUGCAUUCAUAAGUAAUACUGCACUACCAUACUAUACUAAGCUCAAGGAAGUGAACAAAUUGUUUACAUUGCGAUGAUGUGAUGUAUUAAUGCAUGCCAUCAAAGUGUCGCAGAUACCAAAAUACAAAAUUAAGAAUUGCUAUCUAAAUAUAUCAAGGAGCAUUUUAUGUGCUUGUGGUCUUGCAGAAACCCAAAGUGUGCCACCUUCCCUCUUUGGAGUGUAGCACAGGGACUGAAUGCAGGUUGGAUUUUGGAAUCAGUGUUGUGUUUACCCUGAAUGUAGCGUGUCAAAUGCUGGAGCAGUGCAUUGACAUUACAUGCAUGUGAAUCAAUCCCCGUCACGCGCACCAUAACCCCCACCUAUAAUAUAAAAUCUACUUUGCAUUCAUACACACAAGUUAAGUUACUUUUUUUAACCCUAUGAUUUUUAUGUUAUUUCUUCUCCAUUUGCUCUGUUAUGAGCUCUUGCACAGAGCACAUUUUAUUUAUGUUUGUAAGAUUUCAUCUUAUUUAGAUGUGUAAUUAAGUCACAUUUCUGAUAGAGCCAGCAGGCGGUUUUCUUUCUCAACUCUUACGUAUUCUUUUGAGUUUUUAAACCUCUUUGUAAAAGGCUGCGACCCACACAACUGCAAAACUGUGAAUUGUACAGUCCCCUUGUAUUUAUUUGAUCAGUGCUUUUCAGUGCAUCUUCUGUCCUUUAAUGUGUCACUCCAUCCAUUCAUUUGUACAAGAUGUUCAGACAUUUGAAUCGAUGCUCAAUGAAUGAUCUGCUUCAUGGGAAAUGCUUCCAGUAGGAAGGGGUUUCUGAUAUUCUGUUCUUGUUGUGUAUAAUAUCUGGCAAUAAUUACUUUACUUUGCCAUGUUAGUGACUUACUGGUCUAAUGUGGCUUUUAAUAGGUUGUGGACCUUUUCUUUUCUUUUAUUCCUGCAUUGGCGCUUUGUGAAUGGUUGCUUAUGAUGUACACCCUUCAGUGAAUUACUUUACUCCGCUCAGAUGCAAAAUGCACUCACAACACAAAGACUGUGUACAAGUUUAAUUAAAGAAUAAAUAAAUAUUUU